AGUCGAGCCGAUGAUGAUUGAUGCACCGCUCUCCAUCUCUCUGCAGAUAGCGACGUCCCUUUUCAAAAAGCCCUCCCUCUGUAGAAUUGUCGCCUCCAUCCCCACCCGAUUCAACAUUCUCUCCGUUGAUGUUCGAUUGGAAGAAUCAGGGAAUGGAAUCGCCCGAUACAACACCGAAAUCCAGUUUUUCUUCCUACUUCAAUCGGUCGCUGACGCUCAGUUCAUCUUCAGACCUAGCCGCCACCACCACAAAGCCGCUCUACAACCUCUACACGCGGGGCGGCUCGAUCAAGAGCCUCUACAGCUCCCCGUUCGGUUCGAUGGUCUCCGCCGGGAACUCACUCAAGGGCAAAGUCAGGAAAUUGUGCUCGAUUUUCGAAUCCCCCAAACAGGCCCCAACCCCAAUAAAACCGUCAAAAUUGCUCCCCGCAGCGCUGGAUUCCCCCAAAUCCGUCACCGAUGAUUCCCCGUUCCGGCUCCCCGGCACGGAGGAGCGGGUGGUAAUCUACCACACCAGUCUCCGAGGCGUCCGCAAAACGUUCCAGGAUUGCCACAGCAUACGCAUGAUUUUCCGAGGGUUUCGCGUGAGCAUCGACGAGCGGGAUAUAUCGAUGGACGUGGCGUAUAGGAAGGAAUUGCAGAGGGUUUUGGGGGAGAAGCACAUCAGCCUGCCGCAGGUGUUCAUCAAGGGCAAGUACGUCGGCUGCGCCGACGUGAUACGGCAGCUGCUUGAGGCGGGGGAGCUGGUCUGGCUGAUCAAGGGGCUGCCGCUGCGGCCGACGAAUCCGUGCGAGGGCUGCGACGACAUGAGGUUCGCUCCGUGCGGCAGGUGCAACGGGAGUCGGAAGGUGUUCGACGAGGAGGAGCGGAAGAGGUGCACCGAGUGCAACGAGAACGGCUUGGUCCGUUGCCCGCUCUGCUGCUGCUGAGGUUUUUUGUGAUUGUGAUGAAUCAUGCAUAACUCAUUGCUUAUGAGAUUAGAUUUGGUAGCUCUGUAUAUACAGAUUAGUUGUAGCUAUAUAAUGUAACUAUAUACUCGUAUUCAUCAAUAAUGCAGACGGAGGAUCUCUCUUUGCCUUUUGUUUCAA